AGCAAAAUGCUCCAUCUUCUCUUUGACAUUGAAAUCUUCCUUGCAUAGUUUUUUAGGUCUGGAUGAAACGAGAACUUACGACGUCUUAUUCUUUCUCUUUCAGCACUUCAGAGCGGUAGCUCUCGUGCCUUAUUGUUAUUUCAGCAUUUUUUUUUCCUACAUUAACAUUUCAAAUUAAAGCCACAUAGUCAUGGCCAUGCUGCGGUUCCAAAGCGAAUCUGUUGAGUCUAUCUCAUCUUCCCGCAGCCCUACAAACCGACCUGGAGGUGCGAAGGUGAGGUUCUGCUUGGCGACAAAGACCAUAUCACAUUUUCGCCUCGCAACCAUUUUUGCGUUUCACUGUCUCUUGUGUAGUGUGCAGAUGAAAUUUUCUGUACUAGCGCUCGGGCUCGAGCUAAGGAAAGCGGUAGCUGCAACGCCUGCUGCCGGAGGUACUAGUCCAGCUCUACUCGUGCCGCACGAACACCAUGUUGAGCAUAGUACUCUGAGUUCCACAGCCACUGCUGCAGCUUCUGUGAUUCAGCAUCCUGCCGCGGCCGCUCGGAGGCCGGUGCCGGCAGCUUUGCAGCAGGCAGACCUGCAGCAGCCUCAACAACCAGAAAUCAAUCCAAGCGGCCCCGCUGGACAACAACUUGGCGGCUCGCCAAAAUCCCCCGAUGCCACACGGUCGGACUUAGCAGCUUGGGCGAGGAGGCAUCAAACUACCGGAGGCGCAGCAGCAGGGUCUUUGCUGCUGAGCACGCAGUUGCACAGUCUGAUGCCCG